UACAAUUCCCCCUAUAAGUUCCUAAAAAGUGCACCACGCCAUCGGACGGGGUUUAAAUGUUCGGGAUUCAGGAGCAUCUGAUACGAGAAGCGAGCGGAUUAAAAGAGAGAAGUCUUGGAGAGGAGAUGGACCCGAUCCGGUCCUGGGUGCGUAAUGUCGGGGUUGUGGACGCGAACGUUGCGGCGCAAAGUGGAGUGGCUCUGUCCAGGGCCCACUUUGAGAAGCAGCCACCCUCCAAUCUGCGCAAGUCCAACUUCUUCCACUUUGUGCUGGCGCUCUACGACAGACACGGCCAACCUGUGGAGGUGGAGAGGACCUCGUUUGUGGACUUUGUUGAGCAUGACAAGGAGCAGACAGGAGAGAAGACCAACAACGGUACGCACUACAAGCUGCAGCUCCUCUACAGCAACGGGGUCCGAACAGAGCAAGAUCUUUAUGCACGACUCAUCGACUCUGUCACCAAACAGCCUAUAGCGUACGAGGGACAAAACAAGAAUCCAGAAAUGUGCCGAGUUCUGCUCACACACGAGGUUAUGUGCAGCCGCUGUUGUGAGAAAAAAAGCUGCGGCAACCGAAACGAGACGCCCUCCGACCCCGUCAUCAUUGACAGGUUUUUCUUGAAGUUUUUCCUGAAAUGUAACCAGAAUUGUCUGAAGACGGCAGGAAACCCGAGGGACAUGAGGAGAUUUCAGGUGGUCUUGUCCAGCACCGUGUGCGUAGACGGCCACGUCCUGGCAGUGUCUGACAACAUGUUUGUGCACAACAACUCAAAACACGGUCGGAGAGCCCGCAGGCUGGAGCCGGGCGAGUCUGCAGAGAACACCAUGGAAUAUGCCACUCCCUGUAUCAAAGCCAUCAGUCCCAGUGAGGGCUGGACCACCGGCGGGGCCAUGGUCAUCGUCAUCGGGGAGAACUUCUUUGACGGGCUGCAGGUGGUGUUUGGCAGCAUGCUGGUGUGGAGCGAGCUCAUCACACCGCACGCUAUCCGCGUCCAGACGCCUCCUCGACACAUCCCCGGAGUUGUGGAGGUCACACUGUCUUAUAAAUCCAAACAGUUCUGCAAGGGAGCUCCCGGACGUUUCAUCUACACAGCCCUUAAUGAGCCAACCAUAGACUAUGGCUUCCAGCGUCUUCAGAAGGUCGUCCCCCGACACCCCGGUGACCCCGAGAAACUGGCCAAGGAGAUUCUCCUCAAAAGAGCAGCAGAUCUUGUGGAGGCGCUGUAUGGAAAUCCACACAGUAAUCAGGACAUGCUAAUGAAGCGUGCAGCUGACAUCGCCGAGGCUCUCUACAGCGUCCCUCGCCCUCACAGUCAGCUGCAGGCGCUGCCAAGUUCCCCGGCCCACGGCAGUGUCAUGGGUCUGGGCUCCUACCCCUCUCAGCUAGGCGUUAGCAUCGGGGAUCAGAGCAGCCAAGGUUACAUUCGAAACUCCAGCAGUUUGUCUCCCAGGGGUUACCCAUCAGCCUCCACUCCUCAGCAGUCAGGCUACGGCAGCGGCGGGAUGACCGGAGGCUACGGGACAGUUCCCAUGACCAGCCUAGGAGUUCCUGGUUCUCCUGGUUUCAGCAGUGCCUCCCCCACAGGCUCUCCAUAUAUCAUGCCCUCCAGCCCCACCAUCCCAGGAAGCUCCAGCUCCUCAUCGUCUCUCUUGCCUUUCUCCUCCUUCCCGUCUGCUGCUAAACAGAAGAGUGCUUUUGCUCCCGUGCUCAGACCCCAGGGCUCUCCCUCCCCUGCCUGCCCUGCCUCAGGGGUGAACAGCUUCAGAGGUAGCCACCCAUCUCACUAUCUGACCCCGCUGUCUGAACUCACGAAUGCAGUCUAA